GUGUAUGUGUAGCUGGUGCUGAAUGGUUACUGGGUGAGGAUGCUCCUCAGAGUCUUCUCAUCUCAUCUUCUGCCAGUCUAGCUCAGCCAGCAGCGUCACAGAGCAGCUACUGCGCAGCUACUGGCAAUUAGGUCUGUGGCAUCUCGGGGGAGCUACGUCCGCAGCUGAAGGUUAAACACAAAGGAGACACAUUCCAGCAGCAGGGUGAAAAGGAGAGGACAAGCAGGCAGCCUGAACUGGAUAGCAAGCACACAGAGGAAAGGAUUCAGAGCAGUCUUGAGCUAAAAGAGAGCACUGAGGUGACUGAUAGCAGCAGGAGGGGUUGAUAUGAUCCCUCAUGCAGAGGAGACAACAAGGGGGCUACAGAUGCAUCGAUGACUUGGGGCUUGUGUUUGUCCCUGUGCCAGAACUAGCCACUGUUGACAUUACUGUCAAGCAGAGCCAGGAUGCCUUCGUGUGAAGGACUUUUUGACUUCAAGACAACACUAGAAGAAGACCUCUUCAACAUGAAUACAGACAGCGGAGGACGAGCUCGUAAGAGCAGCACGCUCUCACUCACUCUAACCCCAAUGAAGAGAGUACAGAGUUCCCCAAACCUGUAUGGGCUCCCAGGCACUGAAUCUCCCUCAACAGAUUCAGACUUGUGGCGGCCCUACGGUGCUGGGGAUGCUCUAAGAAACGGUGAGGCGGCCACUUCCUCUUUGGCGGCCAAAGGAUUCAGGAGUGUCAGGCCCAACCUGCAAGAUAAGAAAUCUCCCACAACGGGCUGUGCUCCUCAAAGAGAUAACUCUCCACUUCACCUUGCUGACUGUAAUUCAGAAGCAUGUAGCCUCCCUAAUUCUCUUAUACAAUGCCAUCACGGUCCACUGCCCAUUACAUACAGCCCAUUUUCCAAGGAAACCACGUGUGCAAGCUCAGAGCAUAUCUCGUGGCAGCCCGACCCAAGAGCCAACGCAUCUUCUGAUUCUAAUACCAUAGACUAUAAACACCCUCUCCCCUUUGCAUCUGCCUAUGAGACGCUGUCAUCGAAGGAGCAUAGCAUCCGCUUAUGGCCCUCAGAGCCCGAAUCACACAGCCCAAUUAGGCAGCCGAAGACACACAUAGCUUCCCUGUCAAUACACAUUAAUCCUCAGCCUCAGACAGAAGCCAGAUACAUCCAGGCUGUGUCUCUCAGGCCCCCCAUUCCACCUAAAAGGAUGCUCCUCCCGGGUUCCAGCACAUUCUCUCGCCCUCCACUGCCCCCUGCAGCCCAACAAGUGCGUGAGGCUCCAUUGGCCUAUCCAGGACCACCACCACCACCAUCACAUUCCCCUAUUUACAGGCCCUGUCUCUCCCUUGACAACACCUGCUCUAGGGACUCUGAAAUCCAGCCCAAAGAUCUUUACCCUGGGCCUCCCUCCCCAAGCCAGGAGCUGCAACUGGUGCUGAGUCGCUGCUCCUCCCGAACUCAGAGCGAGGCUUCCACAGCCGUGCUGGAGGAGCUAAGAGCAUGUGGACUAGACCCAGAGGGUGGUUCUGACACCCCCUCACCCACCCACAGCCAGCUGAGCACUGUCACUGAUGAAACAGCGCUAAAUGCCCCUGCAGCUAGUACCGCUAAUGGGCAGAUGGCUGUGAAUGGGAACAUAGGUGUAACUUCAAGCCUAAAUAGUCACCAUCAAAGACCCUUCUCUCCUUCCACAUACCCCCCUCUUCCUUCUCUCAGCCCAAGCCUCUCAGGCAUGCAGCAGAGCCGGAGCAGUGCUGCUGAGUCCAGCACUCCGAUAUAUGUCAACGUGGGUUCUGUGGCUACUGCCCGUGCUCCAGAGGACGAAAGGAGAGGUACAGUGGGCAGAGCUCCCCACUAUUCUGGUAUUGGCCCUGUGGAUGAGUCUGGCAUACCCAUCGCCAUCCGAACGACUGUGGACAGGCCAAAAGACUGGUACAAGACUAUGUUCAAACAGAUUCAUGUGGUGCAUAAACCAGAGGUUGAAUAUUCUGGUUCCCGUAACGCCACUUAUCCUGCUACUAAUGCUGAGAAGAGUGGCCCAUCUAAUACUGUCCAAGCACACCCUGCACCUAAGAGCAGUACAUACAGACCCAUCACCAAGAGCAUCUCUGAUAAUGGCACAUGUGGCUUCAGAGCGCCCUCCUCCUCUCCCCUGCCCACCUCAUCAUCAGCUCAGCGCAGAUCACAUGAUCGGGACAUCCACCAGGGAGGAAACAGCACACCCAAUAUGAAUGAAUGGGGUCCUCCAGAAAGAAAAGUGGACACUCGAAAAUACAGAGCAGAGCCCAGGAGUAUCUUUGACUAUGAGCCGGGGAAAUCUUCCAUUCUAGAGCAGGAGAGGGUGAAGAGUAACUUAAACCCAGAUGAACUAGAUUUAGAGAAUGAGCCCUGGUAUAAGUUCUUUGCAGAUCUGGAGUUUGGUCGGCCGCCUCCUAAAAAACACCUGGAUUACAAUCCAGAGAGCGCUCUUCGAAACUACCAUGAGACCUCCCUUUAUCAGCCGUCUGCAGACAGAAGCCUCGAACGUCCCUUGAGCUCUGCCAGUGAUAAUAGGAAGAGACGGAAGUCAGAACCUACAACUGGCCAGUCCAGGUCACAGAGCAGUCUGAGUUCUACCCAGAGUAUAGCGAGAGCAGCUCCGGCCUCUAGUCUGUCAGAGCCACCCAGAAGCAGCAUGACCCAGAAGAAGCCUCUCUCCAGCACCCCCUCCACUUCCUCCUCCCCAUCCAGGUCAAAAGGUGGGGAUAUUAGCACAUUGCACUCUGCAUAUUUGAAUGGUCAAAGUUUGCACCAUGGUACCUCUCAUAAUUCAGUAGCCACUUAUGAAAAUGAUGACCAAAUUGAGGACACUGUCAUCACACCUUGCACAGAGGGCCUAAAGAAUGGCUGGCAUACAGAGCCAGGAAGUCUGGAGGUGUGGGUUAGCACAGAGGAGGCAUCUCCUAAGCUCAAAUCCUGGAGCUGUGAUGACCUCUUGUCUGAGGGCCAAGAGAAAGGAAUAGGAGAAAGGAAUCGCUCUGAGAGCACCAGUUCCCUAUUGCAGAAUGGAGAACCAGAAGGAUCUCCUCUCAUCAAUGCUCAGGGUUCAGAAGAUCUCAGAGAGCGCAGCAGACAUCGCUCUCCCCAUGAUGCAUCAGGCUUCCUCAAAAUGUACAAGAAGAUGCACCACAUCAACCGACAAGAACUCAUGAAUUCAGAGAUAAUCUGCUCUGUCAAAGCUAGGAUUCAUAAGUAUGAGAGUGAGCAGCACAAGAACUGUCACUUGGGCACCAGCAGCAGUAACAGUGAGGUACCACGAGACAUGGUGCACAACAGGAUCUCGGAAUUUGAGAGCUUGAUCCAGAAAUCCAAAUCCAUGCCAAACCUUGGCAGUGAGUGCCAGUCCAGGGGGCCGUCUCGAAGGAGUAGCAGCCCAAAUCACAGGUAUUCCGUUGAAUCCUUGCUGGAUGAAGAGCCAGCAGCCAGGAAUCCUCCAGAGGGCCGGCCUCAGUAUACUAAGAUCCGUGCUCAAGUGCCAGUCCAUAUCCAAGUGACAAGCGAUCACCUGCAGCAAUCCAUUGUGCAGCAGGAUUUUUCAGACAGCGACCACGAAGCCGUUGUGUCCGACCUUAGCGACUUCAUCCAGAUCGAAGGAUCGUCGUUCUGCAGUGAGAGCGACUUUGACCACUGCUCUUUUGCUUCGUCUGAGAGCUUCUGUGGAUCAGGGCACCAUCACCAUUAUCACAGACAACUGGUCAGCUCCUGCAAAGGCAUGUGCCCGGCCUCCUACACACGCUUCACCACCAUGAUCAAACAUGAGAGGGCGAGACAAGACCGGAGGCAGCAAUUGCAUGUGGAGGAGUCUGAGAUGGGCCUCAGCAAACUGGCCUUCCUGGUCAGUCCAGUGCCAUUUCGCAAGAAGAAGAAUUCCUCUCUCCCAAAAUCCAAGAGUUGCGUGUAUGAAGCUCUCGACUCAGCUUUGAAGGACAUCUACGAACACAUUCGUGCUGAGAAGCGUCAAGGCACCCUGGCAGACAACAGUAUCCUCCACAGACUGUUGGCAGAGCUGCUUCCUGAUAUCCCAGAGAGGAACGCUUCUCUGCAGGCUCUGAAACGGGCUAGCCCCUUGCCCCACCUUCGUUCAUGCCACCCUCAGCCUGAUGGCAUGUGCAGCCAGGACUGUUAUCAGCCAGAGUACUCCCACCUGGUCUACGGUGCUUCCAACCACCACAUGGAUGACAACAACAACGAGAGGAACCAUGACUCUCAGCACUGCUGUCAAGAUCAAGACACAUCCAGAGGUUAUUCUUACCCUGAUGUGGGCCAACACACUCCACAGAACAGGAGGCCUACACCUGAAGUCAAAGAGAAACUACCAGCCAGAGCAAUCUAUGACUUUAAAGCACUGACAGCAAAAGAACUGUCAUUCAAGAAGGGGGAAACUGUAUACAUCACACGACAGAUAGAUGAUAACUGGUAUGAAGGAGAGCACCAUGGGAAAGUGGGCAUCUUUCCCAUCUCUUAUGUGGAGAAAAUCCCUCUGUCAGAGAGAAAUCUGCCAGUGAGGCCACCUCCUCCAGCCCAGAGUAGAGAGAUUGGAGAAGCUGUGGCACGCUAUAACUUCAGCGCUGACACCAAUGUAGAGCUUUCAUUAAGAAAGGGUGAGCAUGUUAUACUGCUGCGACAGGUGGAUCAGAACUGGUUCGAGGGCAGGAUCCCAGAGACAAAUAAACAGGGCAUCUUUCCAGUGUCUUAUGUGGACGUCAUCAAGAAAUCCCCUGUAAAAAGUCCUGGCCAGCCUCCUGGAGGCUCUCUCCCCCGUAGUGUCUCCAGUGACCGAGUGCACGGCAGGCCAUCAUCUUCACGCCCCACACCCAGCUCCUCCUUCUCCUCUUCCCACCAGCACCCCUCGCUCUCCCACAGCACUCAGAGAGCAGCUCACCUGCAGGCUGUGACGGGCGAGUGGCUCUCCCUCACUCUGGGCUUGUCUCCCUCUGCCACACCUGCCCCGACACCCCCUCCUUUACCCUCCAGCUUCCAUCACGAUAACGAGAGGCUGCAGCUGCCUAUCCUUGGUCAUUCGCCAGCCCUCACACCCUGCAACCUCACCCCAGCACUCAAAGAGGGUCACUUCAUUCCUAUCAGCUCCUACAUGUCCCCCAACCCCAGCCCUUCCCCCCAGCCUUACCUCACCUCCACCUCCUUCACACCUUCUCCCAUCUCUCCCACCUUCAGCUCCAGUUCCAGGCCCGACAGUGUCAUAGAGGUACCUAUAGGCCAGAGGCUUAUAGGCACACUUGAAAAAGAGCAGCCCUUCUCAGAUAUGAAAGAUAGCUGCAGCUCCACCAAGUCAGAAUCACCAAAAUCUUGCAGCCCAGUUGACCUGGUUGUUUAUGAGCCCCACGAACACCCCUUGUCCAGUAAGUACACGCUGUCCUCCAGAGAAGCUGAGGAUGAUGUGUGUGAAGAGCUGGUGUCCAUCAUCCAAGCCAGCCAGUCAAAGAGCCCCACUAUGGAAGAAGCAGGUUACUAUAGACCGGCGCCUACAACUCUGACAGAGGAGCUACCAAAAUUGUUCAUAGAGGAGGAGCCGAGCGAAGCCAGCAGGGCUUGCUCAGAGCCCCAACUACCAAACACCUUUACUCCAGUUUGCCCAGUCCGUGAUGAGUUGUCAGAACUUCAGCAGGCAGACGUUACCCAGAGUUCUUCUAUGCAUCCCUCUCCCCCUUCCUCUCAGACCUCCACAACACCCCCCGCCUCGCCCAAAUUCUCCCCCCCUUCCCCCCGCUCAACCCCACCACUCCCCACAGUAUCCCACUCCCCUCCUCCUUCCUCCAAACAGCUCCGUUCCCCCAAAGUCAAGCCUGUGUUAAGGCGUGAUGUUGUGGUUGUUGGUAAGCCCCCUCGUAGCCCUGUGAUGUCUAGGAGGUCCUGCGGAUCGCCUGUUAGAGGGCAAAACUUUUCGCCAUCUCAUAGGUCUCAGCGGCCAGCUUAUGUACAAGAUCCUCUGCAAAGUGGUGAACCGUUUCAGGCUGUAUACAAUUACAUGCCACGCAAUGAAGAUGAGCUGGAACUGAAGGAAGGAGAUAUUGUUGAUGUGAUGGAGAAAUGUGAUGAUGGGUGGUUUGUGGGAACGUCCAGGCGGAGCAAGUUUUUUGGAACCUUUCCUGGAAACUAUGUGAAGCGGAUAUGACUUUGGGCAACACUCUGUAUUCAUCUGCAGACCCUAAAACAACAAAGAAUAGAUUGAAAUUGUCACCUUUCUGUCUGCUGAGACAAACCCUCCCUCAUGCUCCAGCCAACACAACACUGCAUGGCACAUGGAAAACAGACUGGAGUGGAUUACUACACCAAGCACACUGAAUUGUUGGAGAACUUGGAGCACUCAACUCUGAAGCAAUUACAUAAACACAGAACUGCAAAGACUUUAAGAGAUGGCUUUUUUUGGUUGCCUACAUUUUUAACAUUGUUUUUCAUUUAAUAAAAUCUGUAUGUCUGCUUUUUAGUAAAAGCUGACGAAUUUCAAAGUGAAGAAGAAACCAAGUGCCCUAUUUAUCUUUUAUUUAUUGAGAGGCAUAUAUAUUUUUUCUUGUUUGGGGUACAUUGGAAGGGUGUGGUACCGUAGCUUAGGAAUGUUCUGUUGUUUUCAGAAAAAGGAAAUGCCCCUGCUAACCUGGACCUGAUGCCUGAUCUUAUCUAGAUCUAGAUUUAACAGUAGUGCAGUGUCAUGCUGAGUAGGAUGGUUUGAGAUGACCACUCCUACUUGCAACAUGCACUUCCUCAAACAAGGUGGUUCCUCAAACAUCAGAUUCAGAUUAAACGUCUUGAUUUUCUAUGGUUCUGUUUUCUGUCCCUCCAGACAUUCCUAUAAGAAUCUGGAUUUUACAGAGGAAAAUGUUUAUGGUAUUUUUUAGGUCAAAAGAAGUAAUAUUUUAUACAUUUCAAUAGUCCUUAACAUCCAUUUUAGACAGUGAGUGUGGGGGGGGGGGGGGGGUGAAUACAAUUAUAAAUUAAUUGAAAUGGUAAUGUCUACUGCCUAUGACUGAUUUUAUGCCGAAUGAUCUUGCACACUGUACUCUCUUAUUUUUGAGUCAAAAAAAGCAGUGUAAGUUAUCAUAAUGUGUCUUGCAAGUGAUAUGGCCCAUUAUGUAUGUAUGAAUUUUGUUUGAGUGAACAAGUGUUCUUUUUUUUUAAAUAAUCUAUUUUGUUUGAUUGGUCAGAAGUUUUAUUUUCAUUCAAAAUUAUAUACAUAAUAUAUUCUGUUCAUUUGUAUCUUCUAAAUGUAUUUUGUGUCCAGAAUUUCUUGGCUAUUAAACCUGUUGUUUAUCAUGUUUAUUUGUACAAUUUCAAUUAUAUAAAAUACACAUAGACUAAAUAACAAGUCGUUUGAUUCCAGGUCAGUGUAGCAAAGGUCAUCUGCAAUAAUGUGAUGAGUGCUAUUAGUAUUUGAGGCAUUAUACAGCUUCAUGUUCUUUUACAGACUCCUUUCUGUUGUCAUACUGUUCGGGCUACCAGAGUGUAUCAAUAACUUUAAUUACAUGUGCACAUUACUACAUAAAUUAUCAAAGCAAAAUUACUCUCAUUUACCUUCAGAUUUAAUGUACAAGUUUUAAUUUGUGUUCAGUGACCACUGCCAUGAUAAGACAACGAUGCUUUACUGCAGAGAUGAAGAUGAAGUUAGUGCUAAGCAAUAGAUGAAAAAUCAUUGAUCUCAACUGGUAUUGUAAUCACCCACUUCCACCACAGUGGUUUCCAUUUGUGGUCUUGGUUAUUUGAGCACUGUCUACGCUUGAUUAAACUAGACCCCUUGUCUUCCACCCUUAAGCACCAUGUCAAGCAAAGGUGUAACCUGCGGUAAUAGGGUGCACCUGGUGCAGAAUCUUGCCAAAUAUCCUUUAUGCAAUUCAGUGUAGAAUGUAAUCUAACACUUAACUAAAAUCAAGUGUGAAAUGUCUGUAAUUGCUGUGUAAGAGGCUAAAAUGUAUGUGAGAGUUCCUUGUGUAAUGGUAACUUGACAUUUAGACAGCAGAAAGCAGCACGUUUGGUUUUCAACCUUAGUAAUCAUGUUGGUCUCUUCAACUGAUCAGGGGUGUUGUUUUGCAACAAUCAUGAUUGGCUAAAAAUAGCUGGCUUAAACUCAAUGGUGGAUGGAUAGUACCACCCUACAGUGUUGAAUCACAUAUUUAGACACUAUAGCUACUGAGGUUAUACUCUCCACCAUAUAUGACUCUUUUCAAUGUCUUCCCCUUUGUGUACAGCAUAUGGACUUCUACCGGGAGAACACCUCUAGGAACAGUGAAAGCAAUCUAUUACAUGUCAAGGCCAAUGUUUAUUUUUGUAUAUCUUUCUUUUUUUUCUCUGUGAAACAGUACAUUAAUAAACAGAGUCUGAACUAA